AGAUUAUGAACUGACUCGUCCAUUCAGAACCACGGACAGCAGCGAGCGCGCUACAUUUGCAACGCUCAACUCUCCCCCCCGGUUCCACUGUGGGCGUUGUUUCAGCUGAGCAGAUUCGGGGAGAACGUGGGAGCUGUCAUUUCAUAACCACAACUGCCAGAGCCAGCAUCAAUACUACAACUGCUGCAAGUACAAAAAUGAUAAAUGUUGAUCUUUUGAAUUGAUUUAUUAUUUUUGGACAGGUGCCUUUUAAGUGGUUGGCUGUAUGCCCGCUGAAUUUUAAGAUACAUGUACGCGUGUAUAUCACUUGCUCUUCUAGACAAGACAGAAUUUUCAAGUAUUUAUUAAAGAGCAACGGUAGAAUGCAACUCCCUCACCAACUCGGAUGUUCGUUGCUGUGUAAUAUUGUUGAAGAUACGCUGAUGCUUUUGCGAUGGAGGGGGAAAGCUACCUUGGAUUAACAGCAAAAACAUUUUUCCUGGCUGUAUUAAUUAUCCAUGUUAAAAACUAAACCUGUUACCCCAUGUGCGAUUUCUAUUCUGUGAAAUUUGCGCGCAUGAGGGAUUGCAUACGUAAGUGGGCUAGUAACUGUGUUAUUUUAUUCGAAAUAUUUAUUGUUUUAAAGGGAUAAGAACGAUUUAGGAUCAUAAAUACAGAUGCAUCUGCUGUUUAGUAUAAUGUAACGCUGCAUUUGUUUUUAAUCAGAUUAAUAUCCUUAUGAUGUUAAUGGUAGAUACUCUUACUGUUAUUUUAAGCUCUACCAUUUCGUCGCUCUCUCUACUCUAUAAGAAGCACGCAUCUUAUGUGAUUUCUUUACUUGGCGCUUGCUGCUCCGGCUUCGGGAAUGGAGACUUUUCCAGGAGCUGGACACAGUGUUCCUGCUUUUGUGUGACACGCGGUCAUUAAAUGUCUGCAAGCUGGGGAAGUUAAUCAGCACAGCACCGUCUGUAACCACUAUUAUACCAACACCUGUGAAAAGUUGAAGAUAAUGGUAUUCUUUACUGAAGUGGACCGGAGUUUUCUGUCGGGAGCCGGCAUGCCACGCGGGCCAGGAGACCUGUGAAUUGCCCCUUGCUGCCUGUUCCCACCCUGGAAUAAAGCAUAAUGAGGAUGUGUGAUAGAGGAGUCCAGAUGUUAAUUACUACGGUGGGGGCUUUUGCCGCGUUCAGUUUGAUGACAAUCGCGGUGGGAACUGACUACUGGUUGUAUUCCAGAGGCGUGUGCAGGACUAAGACGGCAAACGAUAACGAGACUAGUAGGAAGAACGAGGAAGUGAUGACCCAUUCGGGACUGUGGAGGACCUGCUGUCUGGAAGGAACAUUCAGAGGAGUCUGCAAGAAAAUCGACCACUUUCUAGAGGACGCCGACUAUGAGCAGGACGCAGCCGAGUACCUACUACGUGCAGUGAGGGCGUCCAGCAUCUUCCCCAUCCUGAGCGUGGGGCUGCUGUUCAUGGGAGGGCUGUGCGUGGCCGCCAGCGAGUUCUACAAAAGCCGGCACAACGUUAUUCUCAGCGCCGGAAUCUUCUUUGUGUCUGCUGGCCUGAGUAAUAUAAUCGGGAUCAUAGUGUACAUAUCGGCCAACUCUGGGGACCCGGGACAGAGCGACUCCAAGAAGAGCUACUCCUACGGCUGGUCCUUCUACUUCGGGGCGCUGUCCUUCAUCAUCGCCGAGAUGGUGGGCGUCCUGGCCGUCCACAUGUUCAUCGAGAAGCACCGGCAGCUCCGCGCCAAGUCGCGCAGCGAGCUGCUGAAAAAGACCGCCUUCGGCCGCAUCCCCAGCUACCGCUACCGCUUCCGCCGGCGCUCGUCCUGCCGCUCCAGCGAGCCGCGCUCCCGCGACGCCUCCCCCAUGGGCAAGGUGUUCACGGGCCCGGCGGCCGCCGACAUCUCCAUGUACACCCUGACCCGGGACCCCACCAAGGCCGCCAUGAGCUCGCUGCUCAACUCCGAGAGGGAGUUUCUGCAGGCGCACAACUCCAUCCCCAAGGACUUCAAGGACACCCUGCACAGUAACCCAGCGAACAGGCGGACCACCCCUGUGUGAGAGGAGACAAAGAUGGAGGAGGUGGUGAGGGGACACAAUCAGCAGCGCCAACGUCAAGACGUACAACCAAGGACUGACAAGAUCCUUUCAGCUGCCAGGAGACGGGAGGAGCCUGCUAGGCUGGAACUUCUUUCUAUAACACUAUAAAUAUAUAGAAUAAUUGUUAGAUCAUUGGUGCUUCCUUUUAUUUGUCUAUUCUAGUCACUGCGUUUUCUUUCCACCCCCAUCUGCAAUCAGAUAUCCCCCAAAGGCAGGCUGCUGGGAGAGACCAGAGUCCUUUCAUUGACAGCACUCAACACAGAAAGCAGAGGACAUCUAAAAAAGUAUCCUUCCUCGUGUGACAGCCUGGGAGGUUUGGCAGCGUUCAGUUCAAAAGCACACCAAGGAAUAAAGGAGGUCAGGGUAUCUGUGCUCAUGAUUUUGCAUGAGAGCAGCGAGUUCUCUCUCCUCGGUCAUUUGCCCUCCCCCCCCCACGUCACCGCCAAGUUCGCCUGCGUCACGCUGAGAUGAUUGUACACAGCGCCCCCCCCCAAUCCCCCCCCCUCCCCCGUGCUGCGCUGACCCCGGUGGUCUGGACUCCACUCCAAACUCUGCGCCACUGUCCUCUGUUCUGCCGCUCUCAUCUCCACCCUGUGAGUGCGGCCUCCUGUGCACCUCACCCUCCGCGGCACCGCACCCGCUGUCCGCCACCUGCGGGGGCCUUCAUCUCUGCAUCUUUUCCCUUUUCACUGUGCUCUUUCCUCCCCUCACCUUUCAGCAUUCCCAUCUGCGGCGGGGCUCUGCGUUCGUCACCGGGGCUGCAGAACCUUUUUAAUGUUUCCAAUGCCUAGAUGUUAAAGCCAUUUUGUUCUCUUCCACAUCAGUAACAUCAUUUGAUGCAGAAACACAAUGUAACUGAAGAAUAGUGUAAUAAAGGCAGCCUCUCUGAAACACAUGGAACACAAUGUUUUCUGUGAUGCUCAGAGAACCUGCUUGAAGGAGCAAGAGAAUGCUAAGAGAUUAGCCUAACCACUUAAAAUCCUCCCACUGAAAGUAGACAUUUGCAUGUUAAAUGGCAUUUUUGAACAACAUGUGAGGGUAUUUAAUUUUGUUAAUUCUGUAAACCUUUUUUUUCAAAUUCCAAGAUAUUUGCAUCUUUUUGGGCACUGCCAUAUGGUGUAUAGUAGCAUUACACCCAGCCCACUUUUUUUUUACUCCCUUGCAAAAUGUUCACUUGGGCACAUAUAUAGUCACAUAUAUCAGAAAGAAUAUUUUAAAAGUCUCUGAAUUAUUCAAAUUACUCACAUGUAUAUCCUUGGAAAAUUAAAUGAAGGUCACAUACAGAAUUUUAUUAUGAAAAUUCAAGGAUAUCAAGUGCUAGACGUUGAUAGAGAUACAUUUUUCAAGCAUCUUUCUUUCAACUAAUUUUGGUGAUCAGUCUUUGUGUCACAGAAUAGUACAGCUGAAAUAUACUGCAUUAAAAUUUAAGGUGCCCAAGAUCUUGACCUGGGCCCCAUUUGCUCCCAUGUAACAGCCUGAAUAGCCAUUUACAAAGGCAAAUGACAUUGCUUUGCAUUCAAUACGAAGAUAUUGAAUCAAACUGGAGUAGCAGCUAGGAGAGUGUAACAUAUAUAAACCUUUUUUUAAUAAUUUCUGUUUCAAAUUAAUGUGCGGUGUCCUGUCUGUGUGGAAUGGUUUCAACCAGUGAAAUGCCUCAGCUCCUCUUUCUGGUGUUGUGGCUCCAUGACCUUUGGUGUCAGCCAGCCAAUCCGGUGCGAGAUUUCACCUGAGCACCCAAUCCCAUGUCUGGAUAAGUGCUGAAUAGUCAUCAAUCCUCUUUAUAAAGUAGAAGAAAGGCAGGCCAUGUGCAGAGAGUAGAAAGGUUGAUUUCAGUUGGUACCCUCUGUGUAUGCCUGCACUGUUUGUCUGAGGGAGGAGUGCGACUUUUCUGCAGUGACAUAGUCUCCACCAGGCUGCAUGUGUGAGUUUCCCAGCAUGUCAAAAUUCUGUCCCUUGGGUUAGUGCCCACUGGUCAGACAACCAUCUUGCCAACAGCAAAAUAUUCUGGCUGGUUCUACUCAUUGCAUCCUAAAUACAGCCACAGGUCCCCCCCAAAGUUACACGCCAAAGCUGUAGAGAGAACAGACCACCUUUGGGCGGUUUUGCACCAAAACUAAUAAAUAAUUAAAAUCUUCCAGAGUAUUAGGAUAGAGAGUGAAAUUGGAGUGCAUUCACAGUAUCUAAUGUGGUGUAUGUUUUCAAGGUGAAGCUGUCAGGAAAGUUGGACAGCAGUACAAGACAAGUUUAUAAAAUGGUACCAACUUUGUCUUGUCACAGCACAGCAAGUUGAAAAUACCCUGAUCUAAUAAAGGCCUUUUGAAAGUAUUUGUAUAAUUCAUAGUAUUAUGCUGUGAUUUACUUUGUGAUAAAAGAAGUGAAUCAGUAUCAUUGUGAUCCUGGUGCUGAAUCAGUAUCAUACUGAAUCAGUAUCAUUGUGAUCCCGGUGCUGAAUCAGUAUCAUACUGAAUCAGUAUCAUUGUGAUCCCGGUGCUGAAUCAGUAUCAUACUGAAUCAGUAUCAUUGUGAUCCCGGUCCUGAAUCAGUAUCAUACUGAAUCGGUAUCAUUGUGAUCCCAGUGCUGAAUCAGUAUCAUACUGAAUUGGUAUCAUUGUGAUCCCGGUGCUGAAUCAGUAUCAUACUGAAUCAGUAUCAUUGUGAUCCCGGUGCUGAAUCGGUAUCAUACUGAAUCGGUAUCAUUGUGAUCCCGGUGCUGAAUCAGUAUCAUACUGAAUCGGUAUCAUUGUGAUCCCAGUGCUGAAUCAGUAUCAUUGUGAUCCUGGUCCUGAAUCAGUAUUAUUGUGAUUCAGUUGCAAGGACCCCACACCCCCACAUACAUACCUAUGUGGUAUUUAUCCCACUGGUAUGAUUCAUAAAGAAACAGUAGUAUGGUUACAGUUUUAUUUGAUGUGAUUUUAGCUCAUAUUUUACCUAAGGGCUUCAAUUUUGUUUUUAUUACUUGAACAUACAAGGGCUUUGACUUGCUAGAUUUAAAUUCACAGUAAAUAUUUUGCAAGCACAGUUCAUUUUUGUUCAGGCCAUUUAGAAUUGGUAUAAAUUCAGUGACAUUUGUCUUUCUGUCCUUCGAGAGUCUAAUCAGACUGUACCCAACUUCAUUAGAAAUAUCUGAACUACAGUUUAACAUUUUAUUUUUUUUGGAUACUGUCAUUGAGCCACUACUUCAAACCCCAAAGCAUUCCAUUUAUGAAUAUUCAUGUUCAUUGACAGUGACCAUCUGCAUCACUCUCAUGCACAUUACUGUAUUUCUUCACAAGUCACACCCAUUGGUUUUCCAACACUUGCGGUGCUGUUAUCUGUUAGCUGUGUACCUGCCAUUUUGUAAAGCUAAUGUUAAGUUUGCUGUUAAACAAAAUAGUCGGAAUGUACCAUAUUUGAGAUCUACUUCAUUAGAGUAUUACUUCCAAGAGGUUCUGUAUAUGUUUGUGGUUAUCGGAAAGGCAAGAGUCCGUAGGAUUAUGAGCUUUGUUUGUUCGAUGAGUCUGUUUUUCGAGAUUUUAAAAUCUAUACCAAGCCAUUUCUCCUGUCUCAUGGUCACUGCCAUCUGAGUUGAUCUGAACAGACCUUUUCCUCACCUCAAUUGAGGGGGAAGAGAGCUCUGUGGAGGCCUCACUGUGUUCAAAUAAAAAGGACAAGCUGUGAUAUUGUCUCAUUACCCAUCGAAUCAAGCUGCUGCACUGUGUUGUAUGAAGACUGUUAUCGAAUCAGCAACACAGCACACAAAUCGUAGGCCCCCAUGGCACAAGAGGCCAGUGACAUCACCCAUGUGACUUCUCAACGACGCCAGCAAUUUAGUUUAACAAAUGCAGUAGAAAAGCACACCUUUUCAUUUACUUAAAAGAAGUUGUAAAGAGAAUAUUAGCACUAAUAAAAGCUCAUUUAAAAGCCAUGACAAUGA